UUGGAUCAACACAAGCGACAACAAAAGCACGGAAGGCGUUUCGACUGCAAGAUUCAAAGUCCGGCGCUGCCCGCAAUAUAUCGACACUAGAGACCUUUUCAAGUUGUAUUUAUCGUUAAGAUCGUUAAGGAACGAAAAGGCUAUUAAAUAUUUAUGGGUCCAGUUAUACCGGAAUAUCUUGACUCAAAUGGCAGAACACCAGAGCAUGGACGGAUCUCUUUACAGUCGAGAUACUGAAGAUGAGAAGUCCUUUGAAAGCAACGAGGACAACAUUUUUAUGACAGAUAGGAAUGUUGUAGGCAAUGCCAAUAAAAAGAAUUCCAAAGAUAAUGAUCAAAGCGACAACGAUAAUAAAAGUAGUGCCGCCAGAAGCCGUAGAAUUGCUGAUGCCAGAAAGAACAGCGAAAAUGCCGAGGACGACGAUGACAACGACAACGACAAAACCGACGACGAAAAUGACAAAGGGAAUACCAGCGAUAAUACCAUCUACAGCAAAAAAGAAAACGACAAGAAGAGGAAAAAGCUCCCGCUCAGAAAGAAUCUAAACGAUGACACGUUGAUAGCUAUCCAGAAUUACCUCAAGAGUGGUGAUUUCUAUAACAACACAUUGGAAUACGAAGAAGUUGCCUAUUUUUCGUCAAAGAUCCAUCGGUACACCAUAGAACGUACACGGGGACGCCAGGGUCUCCUAUUUCAAGAUGGGACUAUCCAAAAUGGAGACGACUUACAGGGUGAUAUAGAGCCAAUCGUUAUCACAGAGGAAGAUGCAGCAGAAGAACUAGUCUACAAUCAAGUUUAUCAAAAAGAGGAGUUUCAUGCUGUUGCGAUGGAAUUUUCAAAGGCAGUUAUGGAUGGGGCGCUCCAAAUGGCGAAACCUACUUUCGUAUGGCAUAACAAGACAGCUAACUGGUUGAAACGGGCCGCUGGGAUGCAACGCCAAUACGAUCCUUACGAAACGGGGGAGAACCAACAGUCGCGCCACCUAGGGUCAACCUAUUCCGAGGAUUCGGAUGACGGGGAAGGCGAAACUGCUAACGGAAAUAGCAAUGGCGGAGGGGAUAUCGCAACGAAGCGAGUGACACGGAGGCGAGUGAAACUGACGCGCUAUAAGAGACGACAGGAGAGAUUUCAAAAGGAGAAUGAAAACUUUCGGAUCAUAUCGGAGGUUGCUUUGGAACUAUCGAAGCAGCCAAGAAACACGGAUGACUGCUCCGAUGUUUAUAUGACGAAUCCCAUUGCUACGGAAAUCAACGGCGAGUCGCUUUAUCGUUUCCCAACUCUUGAACAAACUGGUUUGAAGCGAAUCUGCAUGCAGAAUGACAUAACAUUAGAAAACGAGAGCGGCAACGAAUCAAAAGAGAGCGCCUGUGAGUCCGCUGUCCUCCCUCCAGUCGUAGCGCGGUGUGGCUUGGAGUUUCGUCGACGAGCUCUAAACCUAGAAGAGGUAAGAAGAAAACAUCGAAAGUCACGAAAGGGAAGAGGUGGUGGAGCAGGUCGAGGGGCACAAGCCACGAAUCGACUUUAUGCUAAAAAAUGCAAGGCAUUAAUGACUGUAUUAUCCAAUAAGCUUGCACGAAGUUGGACCAUUCAUGAAUUCUUUUACAACGAUUUGGAUCGAGAAUGGUACCAAAUCGAUGGAUUUAUUGCAGACCUUGUUAGACUUGGAUUGCCAAUCAACUCCAACACGAAAUUGACAAAACAAGAAUGGAGUCUUAUUCGUCGAACGAUACGACCGCGUCCUCGACUGUUUUCGAAGCGUUUCAUAGCAGAACAGUUGAAGAAGAGAAAUCACCACCGAGCUCUUGUUCGGAGGCUGCAACAAGAUCCCGAAGUGACCGAGUUCUCACCAAUCUCUACCGGAACCCAUGUUACUGCAUACCACAUCCGAGGCAGUACGAUCGGCACAGGAAGGGUUUUGCUUCACGACCCUAAGACACACAAUUACCUCAUUCAAUUUGCUGACCGUAAACUUGGGUGCGAGGUUUGUCCAGAUUCGGACGUGAGAGUUUCUCUGCCAACCAAGGCCACAACCGCAAAAGCCUUCUCUCCCCAAUUGUACGAGCCGUGCAGAGCAUUCUCGGCCGACUUUUCAAGCGAAGGCGACAACACAGAACUGGUUUUGCCGAAGGAUAUCACCGGAACUCAACGUGACGAUGAAAUCGAUCGAGAACUUCUAAAUAGUGUUCUUGCUGUGACCAUGGAAGCCUUUGAGAGAAAAAGAGCAAUUCUUCAGGCAUUGGAAAGAUGCGCAACCGAUGAGGAUAAUGACACCUCCAAGCAUGCCACUUGGCUCUUGGCAAAUCUGGAUCAAAUCAAUCGAACGCUGAAAGCUGCUUCGAUGCAUUUACAGGUUUUGUAUGGGUCGCUGUAUGGGUCUCCCGUGUCGGGCACCGAAACACCCGAGAUAAAGCGGGAAAAGAUGGCUCUACGCACAGAGCUCCCCAAAACCAAUGAAUUUCGAGAAUUCAUGGCGUCUCUCGCCUCCGCGACAGACAAGAUAGGAGAAUUCGCUUUUUCUUUUUUGGGCGAUGGAAAUGGUGAUUCAUCGAACAAGCGAUUGCAGAGUGACUUCUUGGAUAGUGCAAAGUUGCUCUUGAUUGCAAAUUAUCUAGCCGAGACGUCGUCAACCUUACUGGCGUCUGGAAUCGAGAAAACAAUUUACUCCGGGAUGUUGAAUCCUGCUCUCAAAUCCUUGCUGGACAAUUUUGUCAACAACUGUCUUCCUUCAACUUCGGAGACAUUGCUGGUUGGCAAACGGUUGAAAGAAGAAUCCGGGAUUGAAUUCGAGCUAAAACAAUUAGGCUUGGCCGUGGGAAUGCUUCGGGCCGAAGUCGCCAUUGCCGCGGACGAAAGCAGGGCUUUUGAGUUAAAUAAUGCAAUGGCCUGAAAAUAAGUCGAAGAAACCUGUUUGUUGGAAAAUUGACCUAUCCGGGUAGGAGAGGGGUUGAUAAUUAAAAAAUAGAUCAAGCACUACCAGUGUGAAAUAAAUCGGGAAACACAAC